CUGGAGUCUUUUUGUCUUUCCCGUCCCCCACAGAAAAUUGACCCUGAGGUAUCAGCCUUCCUGCAGAAGCUUCGCAGCAGGGUGCAGAUUGGUGUGGUAGGCGGCUCUGACUACUCAAAGAUCGCUGAGCAGCUGGGCGAUGGGGAUGAAGUCAUUGAGAAGUUUGAUUAUGUGUUUGCCGAGAACGGGACAGUGCAGUACAAGCAUGGACGGCUCCUCUCCAAGCAGACGAUCCAGAACCACCUGGGGGAGGAGCUCCUGCAGGACUUGAUCAACUUCUGUCUCAGCUACAUGGCUCUGCUCAGACUACCCAAGAAGCGUGGAACCUUCAUAGAGUUCCGGAAUGGCAUGCUGAACAUCUCACCCAUCGGCCGCAGCUGCACCCUGGAGGAGAGGAUCGAAUUCUCUGAACUGGACAAGAAGGAGAAGAUCCGAGAGAAGUUUGUGGAAGCCCUGAAGACAGAGUUUGCUGGCAAGGGGCUGAGGUUCUCCCGAGGAGGUAUGAUAAGCUUCGACGUCUUCCCCGAGGGCUGGGAUAAGCGCUACUGCCUCGACAGCCUGGACGAAGACAGCUUCGACAUCAUCCACUUCUUUGGGAAUGAGACCAGUCCUGGUGGCAAUGACUUUGAGAUCUAUGCAGACCCCCGGACUGUUGGCCAUAGUGUGGUCUCCCCUCAGGAUACUGUACAGCGAUGCCGAGAACUUUUCUUCCCAGAGACAGCCCACGAGGCCUGACAGUGAGCACAGCUGAGCAUUGGGACCUUCAAAGAACUCUGUCCGGGCCUGAAGAGAGAACCAUGGGGUGCCAAGGUUCCCACUCUGGACCAGCAUGCAGCAUCACAUGGGCAUAGGGUCCACCCACACAGGACCAGGAUCUGUGUGGCAACUGUCCCCAGCCAGAUGCCUCCUGAUAAGGCUUAUUCCUGCACUCCACUGAUGGCCCUGGUUUCUGAUGCUGCUGGUCGUCGGGACAGACUAGGUUUCACUCCAAAGGAGGCAUGUGGGUUCUGCUGUGGAGCCUGCUGGCCACAGACUGACAGGGCAGAGAGGCAGGAAGAGGGCACUACUAAAAAGACUGUUGCAGAUAUUAAAGUUCCCAAGACAAAGUGUGUUA